CUGUCCAUCAGUGUAAUGGAAUCAAAGCCUUUGUUCCAGCAUGUGCUCCUCUCUCUCUCCUCUGCAGGUCGUUUUUUCGCAUGUCCCUCUGGCUGGGUCAGAUAUAAGAGCAGCUGCUAUCAGUUAGUGAGCUCCAGCAGAUCCUGGAGCAGUGCUGCGGCCCACUGUGCCAGUCUGGGAGCCUCCUUGGCUUCAGUCCAUGAUCAGUUUGAUUACAGUUUCCUCCAGGAGCUCACCAGGAGAGCAGGAUACACCAUCUCCUGGAUGGGAGGAUUCUACUUCCAGGGCUGGAGGUGGGUGGACCAGAGCUCCUUCAGCUACACGUACUGGAGUACAGUGAAUUCUGCCAGCAGCUACCCAUGCGUCUACCUUAGAGUCUCUGGGGGCUGGUCCAAUCAUGCCUGCAGUAAUACAUGGCCGUCUAUCUGCAUGAAGAGGACUGACACCUGCUAACCCUGACACCAGGAUACAGCUGUGUGUGCUGAUCUUAAUCAUAUUCAUUGCAAUGUGGUGCAGGACAUUUAGGAUUGGUGUUCGCAUAAAAACUUAGCUUUGAGUUCAGCAAAAAGAAUCAGAGGAGUUGUAUGUAUUAUAAGACAUUAUUGAAUGAGAUUUGUUGAUGACUUCAUGCUGUACAUAUAAAACAAACUACUGCAAAAUCAGAUCUGUAAAGAGGCCACCGUCCAGUUUUGAUGUUUUUUAAACUUUAGAAUAUGUGUUUUACAUAAACAUUGUAUUAGAAAUUGAAAUACAUGUCAAAUAAUAAACAAUGUUUGAUGGA